AUGGGGUAAACCUGUACAAUAAACUCUUGUUGUACGAAGGAAGAGAUUCAAGCUUUAAAGAAUUCAGGAAGAUCUCUCGAAAUCUAAACGAAAAAGACGAAACUUUCUCAACAAAUCCAUAAAGACGAAGAAAGGGUGGAGGAUAAAACACAAAAAAAGAAAAGUGAUACAGUCUCUGAUUUAAUGGCAUCCUCACAGCAUAGUAAGAUGUCCAUCAAGCAAAUUGAAAAGAAUCUUCCUAUUCAAAAUUAAGAUGCAAAUUAAAAUCCUCUGAUACAGAAGACUGUGGGAGCAGGAGAAAGAAUUAAGCUACCAGUUAUGUUGUUACCGAAUGGUGCAUAAUAUGAGGGUGAGUGGCUUGAAGGAAAGAGGGAUGGAUAUGGUAAAUAAUCUUGGCCAGAUGGAUCCGUUUAUGAAGGGGAAUGGAAAGAGGAUAAAUCUUGCGGAAAGGGGAAACUCACACAUGCUGAUGGAGAUGUAUACGAUGGAGAUUGGGUGGAUGAUGCUGCAAAUGGAUUAGGAAUUUAUAUUCAUGUGAACGGAGCCAAAUACCAAGGAGAAUGGUUAAAUGAUAGUUAACAUGGAAGAGGAAUAGAGAUAUGGCCAGAUGGAGCUAGAUAUGAAGGAGAUUAUUCAUUAGGUAAAAAGCAUGGCAAAGGCAAGUUGAAUUUUGCUGAUGGUUCUUGUUAUCAAGGUGAAUUUUAUGAUAACGAAAUUCAAGGCUUUGGGAAUUAUCAAUGGCCAGAUGGGAGACUGUAUGAAGGGGAAUGGAUGAGAAACAAGAUGCAUGGUAAAGGUGAGAUUAAGUGGCCAGAUGGAAGACAAUACAAAGGAGAAUAUGAGAACGAUAAGAAACAUGGCAAAGGAGUGUUCCUUUGGGAAGAUGGAAGAAAAUAUAUUGGAAUUUGGUAUGGAGGUAAAUAACAUGGUGUUGGAAUUUAUUAUUCAAGUGAUAAUGUAAUGCGAAUUGGAGAGUGGGUGGAAGGAAAGAGAGUAAAAUGGUAUGAUAAGGAGGAAAUAAAUGAACUAGAAAGAAAGGGUAUAAUAGAUGAACUUAGAAAUUAAUGA